AUUUCAGUUGGCUUCAAUAUCUAUGUAUUCACUCUUUAUUGCAUUGAAUUAACACAUUACUGCAGCGUCGCAGCUCUUUUUUCUAGAACGCCUUCGACAGCUGGAGGAAGCACGUUUGGAACAAGAAAAGAAACGGCAAGCGGAGCGUGAAGCGGCCAGAAAAGAGGCAGAGCGACAAAGAUUGAUUGAAGCGGAAAAGAUGAGAUUGAAGGAAAUGCAGGCACAAAAGCAACGAGAAGCUGAAAUCACGGCGCAACGCCAACAAAGACAGAAGACGCUUACUUUCCAACUCCAAGCGCUCUCUGAAAAAGCUGUUGAUACGGAUUCGAAUAUAACUAAGGCUCGCGAUCGAAUUGCGGAGAUCACUCAUGAAAUUGAAGGAAUGAGGGAUCAACGAGAU